CGCGUCUCGUGGAGGACUUCGCUGUCUGCUCCCGGCCAGACUCGCGGGCGAUUCGUAGAACGACAAACUUUCGAUUCUCAAUCUCAGAUAUCCAUAUAGUGCUCAAGAACUUUCGUGAUGUGAAAUGAACCAUAAAAUUGAGGACAAAUGCUUUAAUGAGAAAACUGGAAAUAUGUUAGACUAUCUCGUUUAUAUAGUUUUGUAGUCAGUGAGAGCAAAAUGGCUGAAUCGUACGACGUCAUACCUCUCGUAGUGGCUGGAAGGCGACGGAAAAAUUGGUUAAAAGCGAAUAGAUUUGGCUCUUGGGAAAGUAGAAACUGACUUUUUUCCACUUUGUCGUUCAGUUGUGGACAAGAAGUAGAAAAAUCUGAAAUGGGACAGUGAUUAUAUACAGACAUGAAGUUUAACGGUACAUCCAGCCUGCAAUAAUGUUAUGACAAGUAAAGAGUAAUGCACAGAAACUGACUAAACAAAAGACAGAAAAAAGUCCAAAACGAAAAUGAACUAAUAGACAGAAAUAAGGAAGAUAUAUACAGAAAAAGUGUGGAAUAGAAAUUAACCAAUAGACAGAAAUAAGGAAGAUAUAAACAGAAAAAGUGUGAAACAGAAUUUAACCAAUAAACAGAAAUAAGGAAGAUAUAAACAGAAAAAGUGUGAAAUAGAAAUUAACCAAUAGACAGAAUUAAGGAAGAUAUAAACAGUAAAAGGGUGAAACAGAAAUUAACCAAUAGACAAUAAUAGGGAAGAAAUAAACAGAAAAAUGUAUGAGACAGGAAUCAAAGACUGACUUUGAGGUCACCAUGGAACAGAAAGGUGUCAAAAUUCGUGUGUUUUAAAGUCGAUCUCAGAAUAGGUGAUUGUGAUUCAUGGCAAAUAUAAACCCCAUAGUUAGAAAUAAGUAAACAAAAUAAAAAUAAAAUAGUGUUCUUGUAUUAAAUCAGGAAGAUAGAUCAAUUCCUCAGUUUAAAACAAUCACAAAACGAAUAAGUGGAAAAAGUAAGAUGUCAGUGUAAUAAAUAAAAAAAAGAUAACAAACUUUACUUAGGUUAACCGAACUAGAGAAAGUAAUUCGAGAAACAAGGAAGGUGUUAAAGUAAUGUGUUAUUGUAAUCAAUGAAAAAAGAAUAUUCACUUGAGUUAGCAUAACCACAGGACAACAAAAGUGAAAAAAUAGUGUUACUAUAAUAAAUAACAAAAUUAAAUAAUUAGUAGGCAAGAGCUGGUGAUAUAAAUAAAAAAAACAACAUUAACUUAACAGAACCACAGCACUAAAUUUAUGAAAAAAGUGUUACUUUAAUAUUUAAUCAAGACAAAUACUUAAAUAAGUUAAGAUGCAACAAAGAAAAUUAUAUAUAUCCCAUCAUUGGUAAAGUAAAAGAAACACCCCCAGGCGCCCAGAGACCAAACUCCGAAUUCCAAAGGCCCCCAUUUCAGCGCCCCGCCCCAAAGAUGAAUAUCAGCGACGCUCUCUUGAGAUCCUACGACAUCUCCCUGUCCAUCCAGGAGGAACCAGACUACGCCCUGGACUACUUCAGGAGCUCCCAGGAAGUCGAUGGAGGAGGAGGAGGGUUGGAGGCCUUCAUCACCAGCAGUAGCAGCAGUACCACCAGUAGCGACGCCCUCUGGCCCUUCUUCGCCAACGCCUCCUCCUCCUCUUCCUUCAGCUACACGCCCCUGGAGAAUGCCACGGACGCCCUCAACUACGAGGACCAGCUCUCCGGAGCUCCCAGCUUCUGCGUGUUCACGCAGAAGAACAAGACCUUCGUCUGGAACAACUGCAUCCCUAUGAACGACCCGCAGGAGAUGCGGAAGCCCUACAAGGCCAAUCCGAGCUUCGUGCCCAUCGUGGUCACCCACGCCCUCACGUUCCUCGUCGGGGUGUCCGGAAAUAGCAUCAUAGUGGCUUCUAUGGCUAGGGAUAAAGGAACCCGUAAUGUUACGAGCUGGUUCCUAGUGUCCUUAGCCGUGGCCGACCUCCUGUUACUCCUGCUGUGUGUGCCCCUGGAGACGACGCAGAUCUUCCUCAUGACGCCCAACCUGUCCCUCUCCGUCUGCAAACUGUCCUCCUACUGCGAGCUCCUGUCGGCUGUCGCCUCUGUGCUCAAUCUCACGGCUGUCAGCUUGGAGAGGUACAUCGUCAUCGUGUAUCCUAUGAGGUCCAGGACUUUCUGCACCUUCAGUAACUGCCGAAGGGCCAUCUUCGGCGUCUGGUGCGUGUCCGUGUUCCUCAGCAUCCCGGCGGGCGUGACCCAGGACGUCUACUCCGUGACGUACUACAACGCGACAGACAGCGUGACGGUCUAUCACUGCGACACGGGAGGUGACCACGGGAUGCUGUUCGCUGUGUAUCGAUUGGUGAUCGUCUUCCUCCUGCCGGCGUUGCUGAUGUCCUUCUUCUACGCCAGGGUCAUCAAAGCUCUGUGGGUCUCCACGAAAAACAUCACCCAGAUGACCCGAGUUUACAGUACGCGGUGGGAUUCUCGACACAGCAUCUCGUCCCAUAACUCUUUGGCGUCUGCCUCCGUCACCUCCGGAUUGGUGCAGCCCUCCCCGUCGACCACGUCAGGUCUGGCUCUCCUGCACGCGGCCUGCCCACUGAAGAGGUGCGUGCACAGGCAGAGGUCGGGCGAGGAGGUCAAGCAAGCACGGAAGCAGGUGAUCAAAAUGUUGAUCUUAGUCAUCAUUCUGUUCAUGGCCUGCUGGGGACCUAAGAUUAUAUUCUUCGUCAUCCUAAAGAAUGGCCUGUCGAGGGAAUCCUUCAAACCUCUCGUGUAUAACAUCAGAAUCUACCUGGGACUUUUGCCUUUCAUACAUUCUUGUCUCAACCCUAUAAUCUACAGUUUCAUGUCUACAAACUUUGGCCGAAUGAUGAGGAGAUCUUGUGCCAGAGAUAAUUGCACAACAAUGUUCAACUCCCUCUGUUGGAACUAUUCCUCGAGAAACAAGAACAAAGCUGAGAGAGAGGUCGAUCUACCACCAAGCGGAAUUCUCGGUACACCACCAACUCCACCCUCCAUACCGUCAGUUCCUCUGUACAUGGAGAACGGUGUUGGGAGUGACGACCUGGCCAACAGCUCUUACCUCGAUCUCAAUGGGCAGGUAUCAAUGGGUGCAAGUCAUCACAGAAAUCAAUGUGUUGUCAAUCUUGACUCCACCUUGUAAGCCCCUGGGUUUACAAGAUCAGAGAAGAAAUUAGAUACUUUAAAUAAACUCGAGCAUUCAAGAAAAAUGCAUUUCUAAACCCAAAUAAUACUUCUUAAGAGGUUGCGAAGUUGAUUUAGGUGGAAGGUUUCUGAGAAGUGCUUUCUUAAAGUGAAAUUUUGUGCAGUGUUAGAUGUUGAAUAUCUUGGGAUAAGUAAUCAGACUUCAUACUGAAUAGAGCAUUCAUGGCAGGAGCAUUUCCUGACGCCCCCCGCCCCCCCAACAAAAAAACUACCUUGAGAGUUUGGGAAGUUGAUUCAAGUGUAAGUUACCUCCGAAGAGGUUUCUUGGUCGAAUUGAGUGAAACUGAGUGAGGUGUUACAAGUUGGAUCUAUUGAGAAAAGCAAUCAGAUUUUAUAUUGAAUAGAGUAUUCAUGAAAAGCCUAUUUUUGGACCAAAAAACUUAUUCAUAGUUUAGGAAGUGGAUUCAAGUGGACGUUUUCUCAGAAAAGCUUUCCUGGUAGACUUGAAUUGAAGCACAAUUCAGUUAUGAGUUCCAAGUUGGAUCUAUUGAGCAAUCAGAGAUUUCUUAGUGGCGAAUUUAUUCUGAGAUGAACAGUGGAUAAACAAACUUCAGGAGAAGAUAGGAAAUUGAUUCAAAGGGAAGUUUUUCAAAAGGCCUCAAUCUGAAACGAAAGAGUCAGUCGUUAACUAAAGUGAAGUUAAGUUGUUCAAAUGGAUUCUAAUAUUUGUCAAAACACCUCUAUUGAUAGAUUAAACUUGAAUAGAUGCACAAUUGACAAACAGCUUCUAAGGAUCUGAAUUAAAUAAAAUGCCCUAUGUGACAAAUGAAGUGAAGUGAGGCCUUCUAGUUUUAAUCUAAUGAGUAACAGUCCCUUAUUAUUGACAGAUUUACUAUAAAAUGACUCCAUAGAGAACAACAAACUUCUAAAUAUGACAGGAAACUGUUACAAGCAGAAUGCCUUCUGGAAAGGUUUCUAUUGGAAAGAAAUAAUUCUCUUUAGUUUGAAAUGGAAUGAGGUAGAAUGAAGCGAAGUGAAUAAGAAUUAAAGUGCUAUCAGAUACUUCAUAACUGUUUUUUAUCAAUCUUGAAAAGAUGGACGCUGGGUUUAUACUUCUAAAAAGGAUAGGAAGUUGGCUGGAGUAGAAGUAGUUUCAGGAUGUUCUCUACUAGAAAGAAUUCGAUCACUUGUCAAUUGAAAUGAGGUGAAGUAAUGAAACUUGAGAUUGUUAAGGACAUAUUAACAUUUCCAGCGACAUUGUGUUGAAGUUAGGUAAAAGUAUCAGAAGUAAAAUGUGAUUCAUGAUUUCAGAGACGAAUCAGCUGGACUUUCUCUCAUUUCAAAUCCGGACAUUUUUACUCUAUUCCAUGUUGCAAGGAUCAGGUGAUUAAUAUAUCUAUAUGAAUAUGGACGUGUCAUUAGAAGAGAAUUUAGUAAUAGAUAAACGAAAUGAUAGAACAUCCUUCGAAGUGUCUUGUCGAGGUAAUAACUUUGUUUGGUACUCGUUCACUGAUUUUCUUGCAUUGCAUAAAGAAAUCAAAAGAUGAACAAACAUGUAAUUAUAUAAUUAGGAGGCAGUGACUGGAUAACAUGCACUUUGUUUACUUUUUCCGACUUAAACGAUUCUUACCAGAACUGCUCAUACUUUCUGGUAUUCGGUGAUUCAAGAAAAAAUUCUUCUAUGGGAAUCCCUUUAGAAUUAGAAAAAAAUAAGUAAUCUGUCUAUUUUAAAAGUGAGUUUUUGCAAAGACAUUUCUUUUUCAUUUCGUGAAGAAAAAUGACGACAAAAAAUGAUACCAAGAACACUGUCUAUUUUAAAAGUGACCUUUUGCAAAGAUAUUUUCCAUUUUCAUACCAUGAAGAGAAACCACAACAAAAAUGAUAUUGUGCAAAAGUAAAUGUUAUGCGCGCUGUUCGUAACCCUACUUCGCUAAGACGAACAUGGGUUGAAACGUCGAAACGUUGGUGGUAAAGUUGUGACUCAGAAAAGAUCUAGAAAAUAAGAUGGAAUCACAGAGCAUUGCCUAAAGGCCACUGCUAGCCUAAAUAAUCAUGGGGAAGGUUACGUUUGAUAUUCAAAAUAUCUCUUCAACUGGAAGUGCGGAUUCAUAUUCCAUUUUGACUUUUUGCGUUGAAAUGGAGAAUUUGUAUUUUAACGUGAAGCUCUUAGUAAAAAUAAAGUGCAAGAAGGAAAACAGGCAUCAAAGAAACACCCGAUAAAUAAAAAAUGUAAAUAGACAUGACAAAGAGGAAAUACAAAAAAAAAAAUAACUUUUUUUUAAAUUAUUCCAACUGAAGCAUAUCAUGUAAAAAAGAUAGUAUACUGGAAAUAAAUAUAUGUUUUAGAACAGAGGGGAGCCGUAUGAACUACGAUUAGAUUAUUCUAUAACUCUUUGAAUAACUGAUCAUUUUGUACCUGUGACGUAGUAAUUAAGAUGUAACCUCACAAUGAUACUAUGAUUUCAGUGGCUAAGAAACCACAAUGUUUUUAAUCCCUUCUUGCAACCAACACCAAACUGUAACCACACUAGUUCCAGUACUAUAAAAGAAACUAUAUUUUUGUCCCGAUCUCUGUAAAUUCAUCUGCAAAUGUAAGAAGGUGUUAGAAAAUAGUAUAAGCCUUUUCUCGACAUAAAAAAAUGUAAGUCUUCUACACAACAUUAUUGUUCAAUAUGACGUUCAUUUUGGUGGAUGUUAAAUGUUCUAAAAAUGUUUUCUGUGUUGCUUAAGGGUAAAUGGGAUGACUGUUUUCAAUUUUCUAAAGCAUAACUGGUUUUUAAUGUCAUAUGUAAAUGAACUACCAUAACCUGCAUCAUGAACAGGCAGGUCUAUUGGUGACUGAUUGUAAUAAAAUUACGUGGAAUGUUAUAAAAGACUGUGUAUAUCACUGUAUAUUCGUACAUACGUAUAUGAUUAUGAUGAAUAUGUUUAUGUAAAUGUUGAUAUAUUUAUGUGCAGAUACCAACAUACUGACUUCCGUUUAUACAU